AUGGCACCUCUACUUGAACUGCUAUGCGCGUAUCCAAUACUAGAGAAUCUCGUGGCUGUCUUACCACUUGGUGAUCUUUUCAACCUGUCGAAAGCGAAUUCAAAAUUCCGUGCGGCCGUGCAUGGAUUUCCCAUCAGAUCCCUCGAAAAGCCAUCUUCGCUCAAAGCAGUGCGUCCAACUCUGUCUAUUGGAAGGCACGACACCUCGCAUUGGAAGAAUCUGAAAGCUAAAAGUCUGCUAUGUUGCUCAGAGCCUCAGCACACUCGAGGUGCCAAGAUCAAUGGAUGCCUGAUGUGUUCCAUGCCUGUUUGUGAGGUUUGUAUCAUCAAAGCUUCGUUCGGAAGGCGUGACGAGAACACAUUCCCAAAUCGAAUGUGCUCACUCUGUGCCAAAUGCUUCGACUCAGGGAAUCCUCACCAAGAAACUUCGUUGAACGGCGAAGAAAAGAUUGUUUUGAAUUCCUAUCUCAUGCGUACAGAAUGUAUCUGCACAGCUAAAGAUGGACACUUGUGCUUGAGGUGCAAGACCAAGCAAAAUUCAAACCUCGACAUCAGAAACAAACAAUGCCAUGGCAAAGGAUGUUCAGAGCCGAAAUCGGAAGGCUUUGGAGGACGCGUCUGUCUCUGGUGUGAUUUGCCAUUGCCACGUGAGCGUAGCAGAGCAGAAUCGAGACGAGAGUACGAUGCGAGACAUUUAUUCGCACGCAUGCACUCUUCAUAUGAUCAGCACUCAGGGGAAGGGGCCGAAGAUGAUUUUAUUGACCCUGCUGAACAAGAGGCCGUCUGGGCUUCUUUCCCUUUCACUUCGUCUGCUUCGGAAAGGAUGUUAUCACCGAAGAAAGUAAAGGCAUCUGCUUAUGACCACUUCGAACACGAGAGAAGACAGGAAGUUGAGCGUCUAUCGGAACGAAGACAGCUUACAGCUUCUGCUUCGGAGGACGAGAGAUGGCGUAGGUCCGAAGACUUACGUAGCUCUGGGUACAUGUGUCGUGCUUCUCCACCAACAAGGAUACAGGGCCCAAGCUUCUCCCUCGCGGACCCGAUUGCAUCGACUCUUGCUCCAGAAGAUGACUCGUCUCUACCAAGCUACGAACUCUGCAUUCUUUAA